AAUUCAUCGCGCCAACCUCAUUUCAUUUCUGACUUCAGGCACAAAGAAUCUACUAAGAAAUACAUUCGAUUUACCGAUAGACAUGUCUGAAUCUGAAAAUGAAACAGUUAUGGAGGAGGAAGAAUCUCCUGAGCCUGUUCAAGGACCUUCUAUUUUACUUAAGUCACCACCUAAGAAAAAUGCUGAACCAGAUACAGAAUUUGAAGAAAAAAUUGAGACUGAUAGAACUCAUAGAUUUGACUUUUUACUACAACAGACAGAAUUGUUUGGACAUUUCAUGCAGACUGGUACUCUACAGAAUCAGGGAGGAGCAGGUGGGGCUCCAGCUUCACCACUCAAAAUGAAACCAGGGAGAAAACCUGGAAGGAAAAUGGAUGAAAAGACUAAACUUUUGGUUGCUGGAGAUCAUCGACACCGCCGCACAGAAGAAGAGGAAGAUGAAGAAUUGUUAUCUGAUGCUAGAAAAUCACAUGCUGUUAUAACUAGAUUCGACUCCAGCCCACAAUUUAUUAAGGGUGGUGAAAUGAGAGAUUAUCAAGUUCGUGGAUUAAAUUGGAUGAUAUCACUGUAUGAAAAUGGUAUAAAUGGUAUAUUAGCUGAUGAAAUGGGUUUGGGAAAAACGUUGCAGACCAUAUCAUUAUUAGGUUAUAUGAAACAUUAUAGAAAUAUCCCCUCCCCUCAUCUUGUUAUUGUUCCUAAAUCGACACUGAGUAACUGGAUGAAUGAAUUUAAAAGAUGGUGUCCAACUUUAAGAACUGUUUGUUUAAUUGGUUUAGCUGAAAAGAGAGCUGAAAUAAUUCGUGAUAUCAUAUUACCAGGUGAAUGGGAUGUCACUAUAACUUCAUAUGAAAUGGUUAUCCGUGAAAAAUCAGUGUUUAAAAAAUUCAAUUGGAGAUACCUUAUUAUUGAUGAAGCUCAUAGAAUCAAAAACGAAAAGUCAAAGUUGUCUGAAAUUGUACGAGAAUUUAAAUCCACUAAUAGAUUAUUAUUAACUGGUACACCAUUACAAAAUAAUCUUCAUGAACUGUGGGCAUUAUUAAACUUCUUAUUACCUGAUGUUUUUAAUUCAGCUGAGGACUUUGAUUCAUGGUUUAAUACUAAUAAUUGUUUGGGAGAUCAACAGUUAGUAGAAAGAUUACAUGCUGUAUUAAGGCCAUUUUUGUUGAGACGUAUUAAAUCAGAAGUAGAGAAAUCUCUACUACCAAAGAAAGAAGUAAAGGUGUUUGUAGGAUUGUCAGCUUUACAGAGAGAAUGGUACACAAAGAUUUUAAUGAAAGAUAUAGAUAUAGUUAAUGGGGCUGGUAAAUUAGAUAAAAUGAGAUUGUUGAAUAUUCUUAUGCAGUUGAGAAAAUGUUGUAAUCAUCCCUAUUUAUUUGAUGGUGCUGAACCAGGUCCUCCAUAUACAACAGAUAAACAUUUAUUUGAAAAUUCUGGUAAAAUGGUCAUAUUAGAUAAACUCUUACCUAAGCUACAAGCACAAGAUUCUAGAGUAUUAAUCUUUAGUCAGAUGACCCGUAUGUUAGAUAUUCUGGAAGAUUAUUGUUUCUGGAGAGGAUAUGAUUAUUGUAGAUUGGAUGGUCAAACACCACACGAAGAUCGACAGAAUUCUAUCAAUGACUUUAAUUCACCAGGAAGUAAAAAGUUUAUAUUUAUGUUAAGUACGAGGGCUGGUGGUCUAGGUAUUAAUUUAGCUACAGCUGAUAUUGUUAUCAUCUUUGAUUCUGAUUGGAAUCCACAAGCUGAUUUACAGGCUAUGGAUCGUGCUCAUCGUAUUGGUCAGAAGAAACAAGUCAAAGUGUUAAGAUUUAUAACUGAGAAUACUGUAGAAGAAAGAAUUGUAGAAAAAGCUGAAUUGAAAUUAAAACUAGACAGUAUUGUCAUACAGCAAGGACGUUUAGUUGAUCAAGCUGCUAAUAAAUUAGGUAAAGAUGAAGUGCUAACUAUGAUUAGACAUGGUGCUAGUCAUGUAUUUGCUAGUAAAGAUAGUGAAAUAACUGAUGCUGACAUUGAUCAGAUCUUAGAGAAAGGAGAACAGAAGACAGCUGAGUUGAAAUCAAAAUUAGACAGUUUAGGCGAGUCGUCUUUACGGAAUUUUACAAUGGAGGCUACAGAUAAUAGUAUUUAUAAUUUUGAAGGCUCUGAUUAUCGUGAAAAACAAAAAAUAGGUGGUAUUGGUUGGAUUGAACCACCCAAAAGAGAAAGAAAGGCUAACUAUGCUGUUGAUGCAUAUUUCCGUGAGGCCCUCAGAGUAAAUGAACCAAAAGCACCAAAGGCUCCACGACCCCCUAAGCAACCAAAUGUACAAGAUUUCCAGUUUUUUCCACCAAGGUUAUUCGAAUUACUAGAUAAAGAAAUUUACUAUUACCGUAAUUCUAUUGGGUAUCGAGUACCAAGGAACCCAGAAUUGGGUAGUGAUGCUGGUAAAAUACAGAUGGAAGAACAACAAAGAAUUGAUGACGCUGAACCACUGAAUGAAGAAGAGUUAGCUGAAAAGGAAGAACUGUUGAAACCAGGAACUAAUGGAGGUUUUACUAACUGGUCCAAGCGUGAUUUUCAACAGUUUAUAAAAGCUAAUGAGAAAUAUGGUCGAGAUGACAUUGAUAGUAUAGCCAGGGAAGUGGAAGGAAAGACACCAGAAGAGGUGAUCCAAUAUUCAACUGUGUUUUGGGAACGUUGCAAUGAAUUACAAGAUAUUGAGAAGAUUAUGGCUCAGAUUGAUCGUGGUGAAGCUAGAAUACAGAGACGUAUUGGUAUAAAACGUGCUCUAGAUGUCAAGAUGGCUAGAUACAGAGCUCCAUUCCAUCAGUUACGUAUACAGUAUGGUACAAACAAAGGUAAAAAUUAUACAGAAGAGGAAGAUAGAUUUUUAGUGUGUAUGUUACAUAAGUUAGGUUUUGAUAAAGAAAAUGUUUACGAUGAAUUAAGACAGGCAGUACGUCAAGCUCCACAGUUUAGAUUUGAUUGGUUUAUUAAAUCAAGAACAGCUAUGGAAUUACAAAGGAGAUGUAACACAUUAAUCACACUAAUAGAAAGAGAAAAUCUGGAAUUAGAAGAAAAAGAAAAGGCAGAAAAACGAAAGAAAGGAUCAAAACCUGGAACUCCUAAGGGAGCAGCAGCAAAACGAAAGGCUGAUGGAACACCAGACUCAAAAAGUAAAUCGAAGAAAUCCAAACGAUGAAGUGACUAACUAUUGUUAUUAUUUUUACUGUGAAUUAAGUGCUUUUAUCAGUGGUGUACAUAUAUAGUAGAUCAAUAUAUUGUGUACAGUGGUAAAAGCUGCCUAAGUUUAGUACGUCAGAUGUAUUAAAUUAUGUGUUGUGGACUCCAAAAUAUGGCACAGAAUAGUUCCAAUUAUAGAGAGAUGCUGAAUCACUAUACAUUGUAUAGUGUUGAUGUUAUAUUAUGAAGCAGAGGUCAACAGCAUCAUCUUCAUCAAUAAGUUGACAAAUCUCUACUAUGUUAUCCUUCAUAGUUGUGUUACUUGUGUAUAACCCUAAAGCUCGAUGUUAAAUUCCUUUAAUCCAAAAUUGCAUUUUUCAAUUGGAUUGCCUAAUAACAUUUUGUAUAACUGGAGGACCUUAUGUCCCUUUAACAUUUUCAUAAUGUCUCUUAAACAACCUAAAUAUUUAACCCAUCUAUAACUGUGUAGCAUUAAAAUACAAAAAAAUGCAUUAGCAUUGGGCAUUAUUUUAACAGGCAAUAAAUAUUUUGCUAUUGUAUGAACUCAUAAUAUGUGAAUGUUCUGAAUAUUUCUCUUUUUGAAUUGGUAGAAAUCUGUCUCCUCAAUUUGUUGGCAUAUUCUUUACUACUCAUUGUACAUAAUCAUUUCGUAUCAUAAAGUAGAUCAUUGAAAUAAAAUCAUAAAUUAUC